ACCGACACAGCGGAAAGAAUCGUUUUGUAGCCUCGCGUUGGUGAGAUUGCAAAGCAAAAGUAAGAUAUUUUUGACUAAAACGCACCACUUCCGUACACUCGGUACACGGGGCUGCACUUGGGUGAGUGCAAACGUGCGAAAUGAGUCACCCCGCCGGAAGUAUCUGUUCCCGGGGGAUCGUUUUGCUGCUCGCCGCGCUGUCGACCUGUAGCGGGUUAUUUGAGGACCAGAUAGGAAAAUUUGACUGGCGACAGCAGUAUGUAGGAAAGAUAGUCCAUGGUGCCUUUGAUAUCACCUCCGUUGAUCGAAUAAUCGUGACAACAGAGAGCAACGUGCUGGCAGCGAUAAGCGCCAAAACUGGGGAACUCCUUUGGCGCCAGGUGCUGGAAAGUGGCCCCCGCGGCACAGUGAAGCUGCUGCACGUCACCAACCCUUCGUCGACAGGGGCUCGGGUUGGGCGGGGUACAGCUGCGCUCGGCUAUGAUGUAGUCACCGUCACCGGAAGCAAUCCGGCCCUCGUGCGCGGCUGGAACUCCAACACUGGUACUCUCGGAUGGGAAUGGUCUCUGCUGCCUGCACUGCCGGAAGAGGCGGCACUGGCCGCCGUUUGGUUCGAACACGACGGUUUGCUGUACCAUGUUGUACCGGUGUGGGGAUCGCACCUCGAGGUGACACCGUACCAGGCUACGUCCGGCCAGCAGGCACGCUCGACGACGAGUCGCAUCGCUGCCGGCUGGAUUGCGAAGGACCGCUGUUCACUCACUGGGACGUUUUUCGUGUGUGCCAUCAAGGAGCAGCUGCUCGCACUCGAUUUAGCAGGGGAUGCGACCAGCACGGUAUUAUCGAAGCCUCUCGGCUCCGAAGCCAUCGGUAGUCCGAAGCCAGUGCGAGGAGGUGAACCGGCAGUUAUCCAGAAUGGACGCUACUAUUCGCUGCGCACGGAUCAAAAGCUAGCGUUUGGACCACGCGACUCGGCACUGAUCGACCGUACCGUGCAGGAAGGCGAACCCAUCCUUCUUCAGGGAACCGUCGACAGGACGAACAACCGGCUUACGGUCAACGCGCAUCGGUUGCGUGACUUCGUACGAUUCGAUCCGGUCGAGUUCAGCACCGAAUACAGCGAGUCACUGGGCGAUCCGGAACUUGUUGCGAUCCGCUGCAAGCAGCAGCAACAACAAUCCUCCUCCACCGCCAGACCGGGACUCGCUUGCCGAGUGUUGCUGUCCGCGGCGGAUGGUGCCAUCGUUUUGGUACAGCAGGGUAAAAUCAAAUGGGUGCGCGAAGAGGCCCUGGCUGAGGUAGAGACAGCCGACUUUCUCGAUCUAACACUGUCCGAUGCCGAAGGAGCCAUCGAGGAGGAGUUGAAUAACAAAAAUGGGGACGUUUUCGGUGCCUUCCAGCGGCGCAUCUCGUCCCAGGUGGUGCACAUGAAGAACCUGUUCCUGCACAUCCUCGGCAUUGGGCCGGUUCCAUCGACGGCACAAAGUGCCGGCCUGGUGCGGGACGAUUUCGGUCUACAUAAGAUGCUCAUCGUGGUCACCGCAAGCGGCAAGGUAUUCGGCAUCGAUAACGUUUCGGGCAAGCACCACUGGGUACGCUAUCUGCCUUCGUUCACCGGUUUCGGCAAUGGACAGCCAAUGAGGCUGCUGGUGCAGCGAACUUCUCGCUUCUAUCCACUGGCUGCCCAGUGCGUUAUUCUGGGACGAGAGCGGACCGAACCACGGCGCGGUUUGCUGUACAUCUUUAACCCGAUCACUGGCCAGCCGGUGGCGGAUGGUGGCCUUGUGGAGUUGCCGUAUCGUGUUCAGCAGGUCGCUCUACUCCACCAAACCGGGCCGGACUUCUUGAAGGGGCUGCUGCUGCUGGACUACAACGAUCAGGCGCACGUCUUGCCGGAAUCGCUGGCAGUGUAUGCGGACAAUUUCUAUCUGUUCACCACCAACCCGGAGACGGCGCAGAUGCGUGGCUUGCUUGUGAAGCACCGGCCGGGGGCGACUUCCGACGGCAACCAGCUGGAAACCAUACCCACGUGGCAGAUUGAUGUGAGCGGUGCCGGUAAAUCGCAAAAGAUCAUUGCCUGUGAGGGUAAGAACCCGAUCGAGCACGUCCACUCGCAGGGUCGCGUUAUGGCUGACCGGUCUGUGCUGUACAAGUACAUCAAUCCUAAUUUAGUGGCUGUCGCGACUUACGGUCCGGACAAUAUUCACAAAAGCAUAUUAAACGUGCAUCUAGUGGACGUCGUGUCCGGUUCGAUUGUGUUUUCGAUGUCUCACAAACGUAUCCGUCCACCACUGCAUAUGGUGCACUCAGAGAACUGGCUGGUUUAUUCGUACUACAAUGAUAAAGCACGUCGAACGGAGAUGACAUCGAUCGAGUUGUACGAAGGGAAAACACAAACCAAUGGCACCGUCUGGAGCUCACUGGACGCUCCACCUCUCCCGAUGGUCGAACGACAGUCCUACAUACUGCCGAUGGCCGUCGCAUCCCUCAAAGAGACCAUCACCGAGAAGGGCAUCACCAGCAAACAUAUCCUGAUCGGGCUGACGACCGGAGCCGUUGCCGAGAUGACCUGGGCCUUGCUCGAUCCCCGCCGCCCCGUGACGUCCCCGGAGAAGGCACGCGAAGAAGGUAUCCUGCCGUACAUGCCGGAGCUUCCCCUGCCGCACGAGAUCCUCGUCAACUACAAUCAAACGGUGGCAAACAUACGCGGCAUCCACACGGCACCGUCCGGGCUGGAGAGCACUUGUCUGGUGCUGGUACACGGACUCGACCUAUUCGUGACGCGUGUAUCGCCUUCGAAAACGUUUGAUCUGCUGAAGGAAGAUUUCGACUACUUCCUCAUCACCGUCGUGCUGCUCGUGUUGACAACCACAUCCUGUGUAGUAAAGCAGCUAGCCUCGAAGAAAAUCAUCAAGCAGGCGUGGAAGUAGAGCCAUGGCACCAUCCUAUACUACCAAAAAGACAUUUCAAUGCAUUUGCAAUUUAUUUUCUGUUUCAGUUCCACGCGCUUUUUCGUUAUGUUAUGUUCAUUUCUUUAGGGAGUCAGUACUAACUUAACGUCUUGCGUUAGAUUUAUUUUAUUCUAUUUCCAUUUCGGUAGCGUUACGUUCUAGACCAAAUAAAGUCAAGAUGAGAAAACCAUCCAUCACACACCGAAA